AUGACAGUCUCUAAGGACCGCCUGUUAAAAGUGGCAGAAUUAUCAGCCAAAAUUUUUGACCAAAAUUUCAACCCAUCAGGAGUGAGAACGGGUUCACAAAUUUUGGCCAAAAGACUGAAGGGUCCUGCUGUUGCAAGUUAUUACGGUGAUCCAGAUCUAUUAAGGUUCAGACAUUUACGAACUUUGUACCCAGGAUUUAAAUUUGCAGAUUUGGAUGAAGAAUACAGACUGACAAUGUUAGAAGCUAGAAAGAGACGUGGUAAAGGUGCACCAAAGAAGAAGAAAGAAGCUACUUCUGGUGGUGGAAAGGCUAAGAAGAGAAAAUAG